AUGACUUCACCUGGGCCGUCUGGGCCAUCUCCUGAGAAGAUUAUUCCUAUCUUCGCCGCGGCUUUGCACGGCGAAACCUUAAGUGGCUCUCCACUUGCCUCUAUCACCGUCAGUCAACCUUCUCCUUCCACCACUCUCGAGCAUUUGUUGCAAAAGCUUAACCUUAAGGACACAAACAAGGGCAUCUCCACAAAGAAAAACAUCACAGCCCUAACCACCUCGAAGCUCGCGAAUCAAGGCCUUCCAAAGAAGAUGAAAUUCAGCCACGAUAACUCGACCAUCGAACAUCAAUAUCCCAUGGAAAAGCUCCUUGCAAAGCUCUCUGAGCAAACCGAAGCUCACAAACCGAAAGAUGAAGGCAGCCAGUAUGCGAGAGUGUUUGACCACGCAUCUUCAAGUAAUUCUUUGCCCGUCACUCCUGCCACCGAUGCGUUCCCAAGCACGGCACCUACCACACGCCCUGCAAGUGCCACCUUGGAUGACGCGCAUGGCGAGCACGAAGAGGUGGCCCGUCUGAAGUUGCAACUCGCUCAAGCACAGAGUGAAAUCUCCAAACUUGAUCAAGAGCUGGCCGAAACUCGUGGAGUUAAGCCUGGACCCGAUGCCUCUACUUUUGGCAUCCGUGGUCCUGGAAUGCCUGGUCGUGAGAGUGCUUGGGGCUCUCCAGAUGAUGCCCAUUCCAAUGCCAGUGAGGCCAUGUCCGCUUCUACUUUCAACCGUACCCGGGAGAUCUGGGGAAAUCAGGCAAUGCCUUUUACUAGCAACCCUCAAGCUCCUGUCGCUGUACCGACUCCUGGGAAAUGGCUCGAAGGGCGUUCUUUCAAUCCGCCUCUGCCAGAACCCAUUGCAACACCUUACCCCUUCAUGGAUGGUUAUCGAAAUGAACGUCUGACUCCGGAUGCUGAAGCGGUCCGAUCGAGCUAUGGACGUCGAGGUAACCGUUUCGAAGGUCGCUUGAACUCGCCUCAGCCAUUCGGAUCUGGCUAUGGAGGUUACAAUAGUCCCGUUAACCAAGCCGACUACAUGAACAGCCCUGCGCCUGGAGCACCUAUGAAUGCACCUCAAGGACUCGGUCCCAUGGGUGUCUAUCCGCCAUACCCGGCUCAUGUCGGAACGCCCCUUUCACCUCAUGCUUCCGAGUUUACUUCUGGCUCUGGAUGGAAGAACGAGGUCAUGUCGCCCGAGGAUCAGACUUACCUCCCCCCCACAGAGCCACUGAACUACCGACGUCUCUUGGAUCGCAACGUGAACUGCAACUGGAAGUACAUCGUUGAUAAGAUUGUCUGCAACAACGAUCAGCAGGCUUCCAUUUUCCUACAACAGAAGCUCAAAGUCGGAACUCCUGACCAAAAGUUUGAGAUCGUGGAUGCAAUUGUCGCACAAGCCUAUCCAUUGAUGGUUAACCGUUUUGGCAACUUCUUGGUGCAGCGAUGCUUCGAGCAUGGUACACCUGACCAAGUCAUUAACAUCGCCGAAGCCAUUCGAGGCAAUACUUUGAAUCUCUCCAUGGACCCCUUUGGAUGCCAUGUUGUUCAGAAGGCGUUCGAUUCUGUUCCUGAGAAUUUCAAGGCUAUCAUGGUUCACGAACUCUUGCGACGAAUUCCGGAGACGGUCAUUCACCGCUAUGCCUGCCAUGUCUGGCAAAAGCUUUUCGAGCUUCGUUGGACCGAGUCACCUCCACAGAUCAUGAAGUACGUCAAUGAUGCUUUGAGAGGCAUGUGGCACGAAGUUGCCCUUGGAGAGACCGGUAGCCUCGUUGUUCAGAACAUUUUCGAAAAUUGUCUUGAGGAAGACAAGCGUCCCUGUAUCGAAGAAGUUCUCGCCAACAUCGACAUUGUCGCCCAUGGCCAAUUUGGUAACUGGUGUAUUCAACACAUCUGUGAACACGGCGGCCCCCCCGAUCGCAGCCGAGCUGUUGACCAUGUGAUUCGCUAUGCCGCCGAGUACAGCACCGACCAGUUCGCCUCCAAGGUUGUUGAGAAGUGUCUCAAGAUUGGUGGUACAGAAUUUCUUGGCCGCUACCUGGACCGAGUUUGUGAAGGCCGCAGAGACCGUACCCGUAUCCCGCUGAUUGACAUCGCGAGUGAUCAAUAUGGCAACUAUCUCAUACAAUGGAUUCUCAACAAUGCUUCCCCCCAGCAUCGCGACACUGUUGCUGCCCACAUCAGAAAGCACAUGGUGUCUCUGCGAGGCUCAAAGUUUGGCUCUCGCGUUGGCAUGCUCUGCACCAACCAUGCGGUUGCGACUCGUCCUGGCCCUGGUGCUGGCCCUGGAAUGGGCGGACGCAUGGGACCAGGCCCAGGGCCACGAUAUAACAACAGUUACCGUUAG